AUGCCUCUCCAUUCCAUAUUUCCAGACUUUAUUCUCUCAUAUCCUCGGGAUCAGAAGUCUCAGAAAUAUGAAACUCCUGAGACCGAGAAGCGCAAGAAUCGCAAGCGAAAGUCAGCUACCAAAGGGGCCCCGACUGUAUCCAAAUGCCUGCCUGGGUACUCAGGACCGUAUGAUGUCGGCUGUGUCGACAUAGAGGUACCUGUCAGCAAUCCUCGGACUUUCACCAGCUUCACUCGCAACAAAGAUGCUCUUCUGCAGCUCGACACGGUCCUUGUAACCAUUUACUAUCCAGCACACUUGAACAAUGAGACUAAGAAGCAGUUCAAGCAACCAAAAUGGCUGGGUGACUCCAGAAGCUUGAUAGCUCAGGGUUAUGCUCAUUUCGCCAGCGUCCCGGACUAUCUGUUGGUCCCGUUCUUACGAUCUACAACUUGGCGGACUGAGCUCCCUGCGUACGAAAAUGCGCCUUUGGCCGACCACUGGGCAACAUCAGAGAGCAGCAAAUGUCGCGGAAGUGGGCGAGACAAGCCCAUAUUUCCACUUGUCAUAUUCAGUCAUGGCCUAGGCGGUACGCGAAGGGUUUACAGUACCCUCUGUGGGGAAUAUGCCUCGCACGGAUUUGUGGUAUGUGCUCUCGAACAUCGAGACGGCUCAGCUCCCCGAACGCUGGUAAUGCAUAAGCCGUCGUUGCCCACAAGUAAAGCACAAAUCGAAAGAGUCCAUACAUCCAAAGCCACAAGCGAAGGAUACGACGUGAUCGAUUUCAUCUUUCCAAGAAGCGACCCCUACGAUACCUCGCCUGGUCACGAUGUGGACAGGGAGCUGAGACAGGGUCAGGUUGAGAUGCGCACCGCCGAAAUCCAAGAGGCCUACAAAGUGUUGAGCAUGCUUUGUCGUGGCGAAGGGGCUGUGAUCGAGGCUGCCAACCUCAGGAUUCGCGAGGAUAGCGAGCCCUUUGACUGGCAAACAUUCACGAACCGCUUUCAUCUUGAGAACGUCACCAUGGUUGGGCAUUCUUUCGGGGCUGCCACGACCACCCACAUCCUCCGAGGAAUCGACAGCUUCCCGUACAUCACACAGGGCAUCAUUUAUGACAUCUGGGGAGCACCUGUUGGACAGCGAGAUGACGAAAAGGGCAUCAGAGUCCAUACCCCGGUGCUGGGCAUCAAUUCAGAGGCCUUCACUAGCUGGCCGCCAAAUUUUGAGGUGGCACAGGGCAUCAUUCAGGAGGCGCUUGACCAGGAGAUGCCUGCUUGGUUACUGACAGUACGAGGGUCAGUGCACAUCAAUCACUCCGACUUCUGUAUUCUCUUUCCACACAUCGCCCGCGCUGUACUCAAAGCCACCGUGGACCCAGUGCGGGCCAUCGAUCUCAACAUGGACGCCUCUCUCGACUUCCUAUCGCGCACUUUAGGUACGAGACUGGGUGAGCAGCCGUUCCUCGAGUUCCUUGCAGGCUCCGAUCAUCUACUUGACCAGAAAUUCCUCACGCAGCUUCCAACCACCAGUAACCCGGAGAAGCAUGUCGCGCUCCGGCCCAAAGUAUCGGACUCUUUUCGGAGGAAAUUGCGCAAGAAAAUUACGCCGUCUGGACGGAAGAAGUUCCGGGAGAAGAUUGAUGAAGCUGCCCGGCAGGAAGUGUGGAUUCAUAUGGGGCCCGGACAUCCACCGUCAGACUGA